GACGACGCCACCUCCUCCUCCUCCUCCUCCUCCGCGGCCUCGUCGCGAAGUUCUCUCUGACCCCGCGACGCGAUGUCGCCUUCGCGACCGAAGAAGCGCGCGCUUCUCGUUGGCGCCGGCGACGAGAUCGCGGGGGACGGCUCGACUUCCGCAGAUCUCGACGCGGGCUCGCGCUUGGAACGAUUCGCCGCGGACGCGCCCGACGUCUUCGCCGCGCACGUGCUCUCGCGGCUCGACAGCGGCGACCUCGCGGUGCUCGCGACGGUGAACCUAAAGAUGCGCGACGUCGUCUUCGCGUCGCCCGUCGAGCAUGACGUGAGGGACGUCGCCGCGGUGAGGAGGGAGCUCGGGAGGUUGCCAAACUUCGUCGGGUCGAGCAGCAGGCUGGCGUGGGCGAAGGAUCAGCGAGGGUGUCCGUGGAACGCGAAGACGUUCAUGUGCAUCGCGGAGGGUGGGAAUGUGGAGGUCGCGAAGUGGGCCAAGGCCCGAGGAUGCCCGUGGGACGCGUGGACUUGCGCCUGGGCCUCGAGCGGCGGCCACUUGAGGAUGCUGCAGUGGGCGCGAGCGAACGGAUGUCCGUGGGAUGAGCGGGCUUGCCACGAUGCCGCGGCUGGCGGCCAUCUGGAGGUGCUCCAGUGGGCGCGCGCGAACGGCGCUCCGUGGGACGAGCUGACUUGCAAGAAGGCUGCGCGUGGCGGCCAACUAGAGGUACUGCAGUGGGCGCGCGCGAACGGCUGUCCCUGGGACGUGAGAACUUGCAACGCAGCCGCGGAAGGCGGCCACCUGGAGGUGCUGCAGUGGGCGCGAGCGAACGAAUGCCCGUGGGACGAGUGGACUUGCGCCUAUGCCGCGGGAGAAGGUCACCUUGAGGUGCUGCAGUGGGCGCGCGCGAACGGCGCUCCGUGGGACGAGUGGACUUGCGCCUUUGCCGCGAGCGGCGGCCACCUGGAGGUGAUGCAGUGGGCGUGCGCGAACGGCUGUCCGUGGGACGAGAGGACUUGCCACGAAGCCGCGCUUGGCGGCCACCUGGAGGUGCUGAAGUGGGCGCGCGCGAACGACGCUCCGUGGGACGAGGAGACUUGCCACGAAGCCGCGGGUGGCGGCCACCUGGAGGUGCUGAAGUGGGCGCGCGUGAACGGCGCUCCGUGGGACGAGAGGACUUGCGCCGAUGCCGCGCGUGGCGGCCACCUGGAGGUGUUGCAGUGGGCGCGAGCGAACGAUGCACCGUGGGAUCCGGAGGAAUGCAAAGCUCGAGCGUGGAUCCGCAUGCACGGGGAUGUGCUGCGGUGGAUAGCUGCGGAGGUAAGAUGGAGGCCGUACCAGGGUUUAGGGUAGGAUAGCUGCGGAGGUAGGAGAGGGGGCAUAGUCGCGAGGGGGCGGCGCGCUGGACGAGUCUACUUGCGGGAUCUCGGCCGUACCGGAGCGCGAGAGACGGUGAACAGACUCGAGGCCGAGCUCUCGAGGGCGUGAACGAAGACGACACACAACAGAAGAGCACACCUGUGACGAACGAACGAACGAACGAACG